UGACCAUUGAGUCGCUAGCUUUCAAUGCCGUCCGCUGCGUUCGCGUUGGCUACCCUCGGCCUGGGGGUCGUCGUGACGGGUCAGUAUUUCCCGCCGACUCCCGAGGGCGUCAAGGUCGUGGAGUCGAAGCAUCAGGAGGGGGUGAAGAUCUCGUAUAAAGAGGUAUGUCGACUUGUUUCCCUUGGUUCAGUGCCGUUGGAAUGGAUGUCUGACUGUUGCGGGAUAUAGCCGGGCAUUUGCGAGACCACCCCCGGCGUGAAGUCCUACUCGGGUUAUGUGCAUCUGCCUCCGGGGACCUUGGGGGAUGUGUCGCUGGACCAGGAUUACCCCAUCAACACCUUUUUCUGGUUCUUCGAGUCGCGGAAUGACCCCGUCAACGCGCCUUUAUCCAUCUGGAUGAACGGCGGCCCCGGGAGUUCGUCGAUGAUCGGCCUGAUGCAGGAGAACGGGCCCUGUAUCGUCAAUGCCGAUUCCAACUCCACGGAGCUGAACCCGUGGUCCUGGAAUAACUACGUCAAUAUGCUGUACAUCGACCAGCCGAAUCAGGUCGGAUUUAGUUACGACGUGCCCACCAACGGCACGCUCAAUCGCCUCACCUCCGAGAUGGACGUCUCCCCGUUCCCGGACGGCGAGGUUCCCCAGCAGAACAACACUUUCUACGUGGGAACAUUUCCCAGCCUGAACCAGUCUGCGACGGCCAAUACCACGCAGAAUGCUGCCCGGGCGCUGUGGCACUUUGCGCAGACCUGGUUCACCGAGUUUCCUCACUACAAACCCCACGACGACCGGGUUAGCAUCUGGACCGAGUCGUACGGCGGCCGGUAUGGCCCAUCCUUCACAUCUUUCUUCCAGGAACAGAAUGAAAAGGUUGCCAAAAGAUCCGUGUCCAACGAUUUGGAUGCCCACUACAUUCACCUGGACACGCUGGGCAUUAUCAACGGCUGCGUCGACCUGUUGGUUCAAGCGCCUGGAUAUCCCGAGAUGGCCUUCAAUAAUACGUACGGCAUCGAAGCUAUCAACCGGACCGUCUUUGAGAGGGCAAUGGAUGCCUGGAGUAAGCCCGGGGGCUGCAAGGAUUUGAUCGUGGAAUGUCGGCAUCUUGCGGCCGAGGGGGACCCGAAGAUGUACGGCAACAACCAAACGGUCAACGCCGCCUGCAAGGACGCCAACGACCGGUGCCUCAACCAAGUAGAAGGGCCGUACCAGGAGUUCUCCGGACGGGGUUACUAUGACAUCGCGCAUCUGAACCCGGACCCGUUCCCCCCUGCGUCUUUCCUGGGAUAUCUGAGCCAGCACUGGGUGCAGGCCUCUCUCGGCGUCCCCGUCAACUUCACCGAAUCCAUCGACAGCGUCUACAAUGGCUUCGACGCCACCGGCGAUUACCCGCGGUCCGACGUACGCGGGUAUCUGGAAGACAUCGCCUAUGUUCUGGAUUCCGGCAUCAAGGUGGCCCUUGUCUAUGGUGAUCGCGAUUACGCGUGCCCGUGGAACGGAGGCGAACAAGUCAGUCUGCAGGUGGACUAUACCGACGCCGAGCAAUUCCGAUCGGCCGGCUACGCGCCGCUCCAGACCAACGCGACGUACGUCGGCGGUCGGGUGCGACAGCAUGGGAACUUCUCGUUCACUCGCGUCUUCCAGGCCGGCCACGAGGUGCCUGCGUAUCAACCGCAGACGGCAUAUGAGAUCUUCCACCGGGCAUUGUUCAACCGGGACAUUGCGACCGGCAAGGUGUCCACGGCGGCGAACCACAACUAUACCAGCGAGGGACCUUCGUCGACCUGGAAUAUCACCAACGAGGUGCCGCCUAAUCCGGCGCCGACCUGUUAUAUCCUGUCGCUGAGCACCUGCACUGAGGAGCAGAUUGAGCGGGUGAGCAACGGGACGGCAGUGAUCAAGGAUUAUACAGUGGUGGGUUGAGGGCAGGGUUGAAUAGUUGCAUAGCUGAAGAGACUAGAGUAGAUGUUGCAUGUCGAGUAAUAAUGCAUGUGGUAGAA